GCCAGCAACUGUCAGCCCUCUGCCAGCGCUGAGCCCCUGUUGGGGCUUGGCUAAUAGCAAUAGCAGUAAACACUUAUUUAGCACUUACUGUGUGUACCAGGCAGUAUUCUCAGUUUUUACAUAUGAUCACUCAUUUAGUCUUAGUAGUACCCCAUGGAACUAGGUAUUCUAAUUACCUUUCUUUUUUCAGAUGAGACAGCUGAGGCCCAGGGAAGUAAUUUGCCUAGAGCCACUUAGCUAGUGAGAAGUAAAGCUGGAUUUGAAUGCAGACAGUCAGGUUCCAGAUUCUGUGAUCUUCUACAGUGUCCUCUACUGCCUUUCCGAAGCUUUCUGUGGGCCUCUCUAUGCACGCACUUCUCCCCAAUUUCUGUAUAACUUAGCACCUGCACCAGUACUUUUCAGAAGACUCGUGUGCUUAGUAACUUAGGGAGUCCUAGUCUGGGGAGUGAGUUUAUAUCUGCUGCUGGGUGCUGGCUGUAGAGGCAAAAAAAUGUUGAUGAGCCAGGUAAAGGAGAGAUCGUCCUUGUCCUGUGGAUCAGGGAGGGUCAAGAGGGAGAUGGCAUUUGAGUUCUAUCUUAAUACUUUGGAGGGCUUUGGAGAAGAGGUUGGGGAAAGGUUGCGUUUUUGACAAGAGGACCAGCAUAGGCAAAAGCAUGGAGCUACAGGAUGUGUUCAGGUUGGAUAGCACACUGGGUGUUUGAAGGGAGACUCACACAGGUGAGAUUAGAAAGGAAGAUUAGAACUAGACCCUUGAAUGCCCGGCUGAGGAAUUUGAACUUUAUUCUGGAGUGAGUAGGGACUAGUGAAGGGUUCUGAGACUAGGAGUAAUACCACCUGAGCUGCAUUGAGAACAUUGACCUUUACUGAGAGGAAGGCUGGAUAGUAAGCCUGGAGGCAGGGGAAUAGCUGGGAGGCCAUGGCCUUGGAUCCUGUGAAUGUUAACAAAGUCCUGAGCUAGUUUGGGGGCCAGAGGUGGGUUGAAGGGAAGGCUUCCAGAGCCAUUCCCAAGCUGGGCUGCAGAUUUGAUCAAACUCGGUAACUACGGGAUGUGGGGAGCAAGGAAAAGGACAGAAUCAGACAUGACACAGUUAUCAUUUGGCACAUGAGACCUUGUGUGGUGAUUUCUGCAACCCGCUGGCUGGCCAUAGGCCCCUUCAGGGCAGGAUCCGGCGGUAUGGAAGAGGGAAAGACACAGCAUCUGGAUUCACACAGGCCUGGAUUUGAAUUUUGACUCUGCUGCUCACAAGCUGUGUGACCUUGAGCAAGAGGGAAGAGGCCCAGCAGAAGGGACUUGCUGAGCCACUCCCAUUCUGCUCCAUGUUGGCUGUGCUCUCAGGCUGGCGCCAUGCCCCCCCCAGCAGAGGUGACGGACCCAUCCCAUGCCCCCGCUGUCCUGCGCCAGCUCAAUGAGCAGCGGCUCCGUGGCCUCUUCUGUGACGUCACCCUCAUAGCCGGAGAUACCAAGUUUCCUGCUCACCGCAGCGUCCUGGCUGCAUCUAGUCCCUUCUUCAGAGAGGCCCUGCUUGCUUCAGCUCCACUAGCCCUCCCACCAGUUAUUGGGGGAUCAGCCCCGAACCCUACCACCACCAGAGCUGCCUCCUCUUCCUCUUCCUCCUCCUCUUCCUCCUCUUCUCCUUCUCCAGCCUCGCCCCCUGCUUCGUCCCCACCCCGGGUCCUAGAGCUGCCAGGGGUCCCAGCAGCUGCCUUCUCUGAUGUCCUCAACUUCAUCUAUAGUGCGCGGCUUGCACUACCUGAUGGUGGAGGGGAUGGGGCAGCUGUAGCAGAGAUCGGAGCUCUGGGGCGGCGUCUGGGCAUCUCCCGCCUACAGGGCCUGGGGGAGGGAGGUGAUGCCUGGGUACCUCCUGCCCCAGACCCCAUGGUCACCUCGCAGCCUGAAGAGGAUAGUUUUGGGCCUGGACCUAGGCCAGCUGGGGAAUGGGGGAGUGACAGGGCUGAGGCCCAGGCCCCUGACUCGCAGCCCACUCUGCCCCGACAGUCCCUCCCCUGUCCCCGAUGUGGAAAAAGCUUCAUCCAUCCCAAAAGGCUACAGACCCAUGAAGCACAGUGCCGUAGGGGGGCCAGCACUAAGGGUUCUGCAGGUCUGGGAGUGGGGGCCUCUGGCCCUAGUGGCCCCACAGGAGUGGAUGCUUCAGCCCUACCCCCCACAGUGGGCUUCAGAGGUGGCCCAGAGCACGUGGUGAAGGUGGUGGGCGGCCACGUGCUGUAUGUGUGUGCGGCCUGUGAGCGCUCCUACGUGACCCUGUCCAGCCUGAAGCGGCACAGCAAUGUACACUCCUGGCGGAGGAAGUACCCCUGCCGCUACUGUGAGAAGGUGUUUGCCCUUGCUGAGUACCGCACCAAGCAUGAGGUGUGGCACACCGGGGAGCGCAGGUACCAGUGCAUCUUCUGCUGGGAGACCUUUGUCACUUACUAUAACCUGAAGACCCACCAGCGAGCCUUCCAUGGUAUUAGCCCGGGCCUCCUAGCCAGUGAGAAGACACCCAAUGGAGGCUAUAAGCCCAAGCUCAAUACCCUCAAGCUGUACCGCCUGCUCCCCAUGCGGGCAGCCAAGCGACCCUACAAGACCUACAGCCAGGGAGCCCCUGAGGCCCCUCUUUCUCCAAGCCUCAACACACCGGCCCCUACAGCAAUGCCAGCCAGCCCACCACCUGGACCCCCACCUGCCCCAGAGCCUGGCCCCCCACCCUCCGUCAUCACUUUUGCCCACCCACCUCCCUCUGUCAUUGUUCACGGAGGCAGUAGUGGUGGUGGAGCAGGGAGUGUGCUGGCCAGCACAGGCGGGGCCCAAGCCGCCUCCGUCAUCACUUACACUGCUCCCCCAAGGCCCCCCAAAAAACGUGAGUACCCACCUCCUCCCCCAGUGCCUGCACCCACACCAACCAGCCCAGCCAUAGCAGGCAGUCCGGCAACAGCUGCGGGGCCUGCCAUGGCCACAGAGGAGGCCAAAGGCCGAAACCUGCGGGCCGGAAGGACUCUGACCUACAUGGCCAAGCCAGCUGGUGGGAUUGGCGGGGAUGGGGGUCUCCCUGCAGGGCCUGGCCGGGGUCCUCAGCUACAGGUGCCACCUCCACUGUGUCAGAUCACUGUGCGAAUUGGUGAGGAGGCCAUUGUCAAACGCCGCAUCUCAGAAACUGACCUGCGUCCUGGGGAACUGAGUGGAGAAGAAGUGGAUGAAAGUGAGGAGGAGGACGAGGAGGAGGAGGACGAGGAGGAGGAGGAAGAAUCGAAGGCUAGCGGGGAGGACCAACUCUGGAGACCCUACUACUCCUACAAGCCCAAGCGCAAGGGUGGAGCUGCAGGCACAGGCAGCAGCGGGGGCAACGGGGUGCCCAGAGGCCGCAGACCACCACGCUGGAGGCAGAAGCUGGAACAGAGGAGCUGGGAGGAGACCCCAGCGGCUGAGGACCCCGCAGGGCGUGCCUGUGGUGAGCGGAGGCACCGCUGUGGGGACUGUGCCCAAACAUUUGCUACCCUGAGGAAGCUGCGAAAGCACCAGGAGGCCCACAGUGGGGGCUCCCACAGCUCUCGGGCUGGAAGGAGGCCUUCCACCCGAUUUGCCUGCCCUCAUUGUGCCAAGGUGUGCAAGACAGCAGCCGCCCUGAGCCGCCACGGGCAGAGGCAUGCUGCUGAGAGGCCUGGGGGCACCCCCACACCUGUCAUUGCCUACUCCAAGGGCAGCACUGGCAUCAGACCCGGGGAUGUCAAGGAGGAGGCCCCCCAAGAGAUGCAAGUCUCCUCAUCCAGCGGGGAGGCAGGUGGUGGGAGUGCUGCUGCUGAGGAAGCUUCUGAGACUGCCUCAGUCCAGGACCCUGUCAUCUCAGGGGGUGAGGAGCCCCCAGUGGUGGCAGGAGGGGGCACCUAUGCAUACCCACCUGUGCAGGAAUUUCCACUGGCUCUGAUUGGAAGUGGCCGGGAACCUGGUGGUGGUAGGGGGAAACAUGGGAGUGAAGGGCCAGUGGGGGCAGGGGAGGGGGACCGGAUGGAAGGGAUAGGAGCUGCCAAAGUCACCUUCUACCCCGAGCCCUAUCCACUGGUCUAUGGUCCCCAGCUCCUUGCUGCCUACCCUUACAACUUCAGCAACUUGGCUGCUCUCCCAGUUGCUCUUAACAUGGUCCUACCUGAUGAGAAGGGUGGGGGGGCCCUUCCUUUCCUACCAGGGGUCUUUGGCUACGCAGUCAAUCCUCAAGCAGUACCCCCUACACCCCCAACUCCACCUCCCCCAACUCUUCCUCCACCAGUCCCCCCUAAGGGAGAAGGGGAGUGGGCAGGGGUCGAGGGAACCCAGAAGGGAGAUGUGGGGUGAGCUCUGGGCCCAGAUCUCCCUUUCACCAGAUGCCACCCUCCCUGAACCCCCACCACUACCAGCUCCCUGGCCUCCCUGCUCCUUGGGAGCCCCUCCACACUCUUGUGCAGGGACUUAGGGGCCCCUGGAGCUCGGAGUCAGGCUGCUUUGUGUGAGAUUGUAGUUUUCCUAUCUCCUGGGAAGGGAUCUUUGGUGGUUCCUCUCUCGGUUCUCCUCCAGGGAAUGGCCUCCAUGAGGGGCAGGGCCAACUCCCAUCCCCUUCUCCAGCCCUUGGGGCAACUGAGCAAUAUACUUAUAUGAAUCUCUACUCACAGCCCCCACCAGCUCUGAAUGUCUAACCCACCUCCCUGAUUCGUAUACCUAGGGGGAAACCAUCUCUCUCACCUAAUGAUCCCCCUCAUUCUGAAGCUUUCUCUAAGCCCUUGCCCAGAUGCUUCCUAGCACAUUCCAUUCUUCAUGGCCCAGGGCCUGGACCAGACCAUUGUGAUACCUGACACCCACCCACCUGGGAGCUUGGCUUUGGAUUCUAUUCUUCCGACGGUGGAUUUGCCAUGCCUUCCUUGGCUUCCAUGCCUUUGGAUCUUCCAUAUUCUUCCUCAUACUCCUGGACUAUGGAGAUGGCCUCUCCCAAUCCAGGUCAAGGUGUUGGGGAGGAGGGCUACCCAUCUGUUUAUUUCCCAGCCCAGGGCAGCACCAAUCUUGGCUCUAUCUUGAUCCCCAAAUCCAGUGAGCCCCAGAUUCUUCCAAGGCAAAAGAGGUGAGUAGAUCACACCUCUUUCUGCCUCUACAUAUGGCCUCUUCUGAGCUAAACCAGAUUUGGGGGCUAGGAGGGAGGAGCUCCAUAUGGGAUGGGGAAGGGAAUUUACUUUCUCCCUGUUUUUGCCUGAUGGUUUCUCCCAGACUAGACCAAAUAGCCAGAAAAAUAAUGGGGGUUGUAUGGGUGGGUAAGCCCAAGAUUUGCACAUGACCUCCCAUCCUUACCUUUACCCCCAUCUUUUCCAGUGUCACUUCCCUCACCAAUCACUCCAGAUGGUUUUGGGGAAACCAUAUAACUCCCUUGGUGGGCUUUGGGGUAUCCCCACCAACUUUCCUUCCAAAAUAGCACCUUAUACCCCAUCUUUGAUUCAGUUCCCCACACCCAAAGAUCCCAACUUAGGGAUGGGGUGCAGGGACCUUAAAUAGUCCCUAAUCCCUAAUUUGCACUAGUUAACCCUGGUCAGGGUCCCUAUGUUUCCUUCCAGUGGGUUGUUGGAGAAACAUUUGCUCCUAAUUCUCUGAUAACUGGGUCUCCCCACUCUGUGAUUGGAUGAACAUUUCCCAUCCCCUCUCUGCCCCCCCCCCCGAAAACCCAGCUCACCAGGGGAGAGCCAGUGUUGGGGAGCAAAUUUAAUAAAUGGGAAUUAGAGGAGUGCAGUUUUAAAAAGGGGGAAAGUUGCUGUCGUCACAAUGGCAGCCUUUUUCCCAGCUACUGUUUUCUGGGGCCAAGAUGGCUGCCCUCUCAAAAGAUGUUGAAAGGGCAAGAUCAUGGCUUUUAGAGGGAGGUGAAGGGGGGAGGGACAGGAGCAUCCUCCUGCCUCCUCUUACCCUCCCAGGCUACACAAAGGGGGAGGUUUUGACAGACUCCCUGAAUGUUAACCAUGGAGGAGUGUUGCUCCUUCACUACUCCUCUGUCUCUUUGCACUUUCCUUGGUCUUGGCCACAGUCCGAGUGAAGAGUUUUCCUACUGAAUGUACCAAGUUCCAAUUUUUAUGGGAGAGAAAAAAAAAUUUUAAACAGGGAAAAAUACA